ACGCAAACAGCAUCGUUGAGCCGAAAGGCUCGCGCUGUUUGACCCGCGUCUGAUGCUUUGAUUGAGGUGUGAUUCCCGCGUCCCGCAUCUUUCCGGGCUCGACGCGCUCGCAACCGCCCCUCGGUUCUGGAUGAGAGCGAAUAAAGUCGCCCUUAAGGCGGCAUUACAUCACCUCCCGCCCGCACCGGAACGAUACGGUGAAUUAUUUACUCAAAGUGCACGGAGACUAAAAGAAGCGCUUUAAGAAAGGCUUGACACAUAACAUGUCCGGGUUUACCGGCUUUCGCUGACAGGAUAAAGAGAAGAAAAGGUGGCUGGCGUGACUGGCAGGCGCCCAUUGUGUGGAGGAUGUGAAGCGGCGCGAGAUGCCAUGGCAGCGGCGGAUGCAGCAGCAAACGGACCGGAGUCGCCCGGUCUCCCGGUACCCAAGGCGUUUCCCUACGAGGAAUACGAGUGCAAAAUCUGCUACAACUUUUUCGACCUCGACCGUCGGGCGCCCAAGAUCUUGGAGUGUCUGCACACGUUUUGCGAGGAGUGUCUGCACUCGCUGCAGUUGUGCGAGGAGCGGCCGUGGCGCAUCAGCUGCCCCGUGUGCCGCCACCGCACGCCCGUGCCGGACUAUCGGAUCCAGAACCUGCCUAACAACACCAAGGUCACGGAAGACUUCCCUCUGUACAUCGAUUCGGACCCUGUGCCUCAAGAUGCUCUGCCGCCCCACCGGCCACCAAUGCACCCGGCGCUCGUGGCGCUCAGGCGCGAGGAGGACGCGUCCGGGGCGUCCAUGGCUGGUCACGCGACGCCGUCCACCACGACCACGCUGUCCCAGGACUCGGUCUCGCGCUACGAGAGCUGCCAAAACUGUAGGCGGCUCGCGUUGACAACCGGGUGCGUGUGCGUCAUCUUCUCUUUACUGUCCAUGCUAGUGCUGCUCUUCAUGGGCCUCGUUUUCGUACACAGCCACGGCGGGCCGCCCUCGCCCACGGGACCCCUCUGUCUGUCGGUGGCAAGCAUCCUCGCCAUGGUGUCGGCGAUGGUAACGUGGCUCCUCUACUGGCUCAAAGACCGACCGGAGCACGAGACGGGCCGCUCCUCGGCCAGCACUAAUGCGAGCCGGAGAAACGCGUGACAGAAGAUCAGAAU